UGAAGAUAUGAGAUUGCUUUUCUUAGCAGUAUCUGUUCUGAACGCACUUUCCCCGAAGAGCAAUAUCACCGAAGGAGGGCGCGAUGUUCUAUUUGGGGGAGGGGUGGUCGUUGUGACCUGUGACCCGGCUCGCGCUCUAACCGUUCCCGCCAACGGCUUGGUGUUAAUGGGCUGAGCGGCCUGUGUCCAGUCAGGGAGGGCAGCGAGCCUGAGAUGGACUGGGCUCAGUUAGACGUGAACCCUAAAGUGGUGGCUGCUGUAAGGCGAGCAAACAUCCAAUCAAUAAAAGAGAUAUUGUGUCUCUCGGGAUCAGAUCUACAGAGACUCACUAAACUGUCCAGUUCUGAUGUGCGGUAUUUGCAUAAAACCGUUGCAGCAGUCGUAAAGAGUGAUCCAGUAGUAACAGCCCUCCAGAUGUAUAACGGAGAAUGUCCUUUUCCAACCCAGAACCGAAAACUUAGCAUGGGCUGCCCAGUACUGGACUUGCUACUUGGAGGUGGAAUUCCAUUAAUGGGAAUUACUGAAAUUGUUGGUGAGAGUUCAGCAGGCAAGACACAAAUCUGCAUGCAGUUGUGCCUGUCUGUACAGUUCCCAAGUAGCUAUGGUGGACAAGAUGCAGGAGCUGUGUAUGUUUGUACAGAGGAUACUUUUCCAAAUAAACGUUUACAGCAACUGAUUGCCUUUCAAUCCAUGUUACGAGCUGAUGUGCCUGCUGACAUUGUCAACAACAUUAAGUUUGGUAACAACAUCUUUAUUGAACAUGUUGCAGAUGUGGAUUCGUUAAAUCACUGCAUUAGCAAAAGGUUACCGAUAUUAUUAUCACGAGGCUUGAUACGCCUGGUGGUGAUUGAUUCAGUUGCAGCUUUAUUCAGAUGUGAAUUUGGAGCCAGUGAUUCCAUUGCCAAGGCCAAAUGCCUCCAGAAAUUUGGAGCUAUGCUCCAUCAACUCAGCCACCGGUUCAGCAGCCCCAUCAUCUGUGUCAAUCAGAUAGCAGAUGCAAUAAGUGGCUCUUCUUUGGCUCAGAGUAAUUUUGGCUUAUUAGAUAAAGUGUUACCAGCUCUGGGUCUGACCUGGUCCAAUCAACUCCUUAUGAGGCUAAUGGUUAGUCGGACACAAUUCUGCGCGGAAGGCAAAUUUCCUGAUGACAAAGUGCGUGCCUUGAACUCUGGGACUGUUCUACGAAGAAUGGAAAUCAUUUUUGCACCUCAUCUUCCCCAAUCAUUCUGUAACUAUAUAAUCUGCAAAGAAGGGGUAAGGGGAAUGAAGGAAACAGGGAUAUAACAAGGGCCAUUGGAAAGGUGUACCUAUUUUUCUUUCCCCUGCAUAUUUAUUUUUUUCCAAGCAAAUUUCAGUACUCUCAGCUUCCCUGCCAAUCACCCUCCACAUCCAAAUGAAUAUAGUAGUCCAAUAUAAUUUUAUAAUCACUUACAUGGGCCUUGUUUACACAGUCACCAUUUGUGCUGUAAUUAUCCUGUUUAGCAAUUUGUAUUUGCGAUUCUUCCCCCUAUUUUUCAAAAUCAUUGUUCUUGGAAUGUUGGCUGGUCCAGCCUGUCCCAGUAAUCCUGCUGCUUGCUUUAAAGUGGCUGACUGUUAUUCUAAAAACAGCAGUUUUAACCAAUAUAGAUAAAUAUGGCAGUUUAGAAAUGUCCCAAUCUCUGAUUUUAUUUAUUGCAUGAAUUUUUAUCAUUGCACAGCUGAAAGUUUUGUACCAGAAACAAAAUAACAAGCAGAUUUUAACAAAAAUCAAUUAACAUUUUAUUAAAAUAAUCUGCAUUGACUGGAGUAACAUUCUGUGCACCUAGGAUCUAACCUUGCUAAUAUUCAAGAUUUUCUUUUUUUAUUAUUUGACUGCACUAAGCACUGCUAUUUUUGAUAUCUUGAUAAAAUUUCAGGGCCUAGGUCUUUAAAGUUAGAAACUCAAUUUUUGAAGAAUUGGCAAAUUAAUAAUAAAUAAAAAUCUUCCAUGGUGAGGGUUAGGUAGGAAGUCAUUGACUUCAUUCCUGAGUGUUAUAAUUAUCAUUUUUUGAUAUCUGCAUAGCAUGAAAAUGGAUAAGGAAUGUUCAAGUUGACAGGUGGCCAUGGUACUAAACCUGGGACCAUUUUGUGGUUAACGAGUUUCUAGGUCUCCUAGAAAACUAAUUUCUACAAUGUAGAUUUUGUAUUUUUAAAAAAAUUGUAGUUAACAUGCAAAGUAUUUCCAAAUUAUGCUUGGAUGGAGAAAAAUCUCUUUUGAUGAGCAAUUUUUGUUGAGUGAACACAUUAUAGCUUAAAAACCUAGGAUCAUAUAAUACUUUUCUUUACAUAUGUAUGAAUCCUUUAGAUUAAGUCACUGGAGUUUAAAUAUAAAUUCUAUGCUGCUUUAGAGCCAAUACAAUUGCUUCUUAAACAUUAGACAAAAGCGACCUUGAUAGAAAAUCAAGGAUUCUGCAACAUAGUGGAUGAUCUUUGAUCAUAUCCAAGUAUGAAGUUCAAUAAAAAAAUCAAAAUUUCUUAUCCAUGAUUUUAUUGAAAUAUACCGUACUUGAGACCAAUAAAAUGUAAUUGACUCUAUUUUCUGAAUAUGUUUUCUGUUACAUGCAAUUUCUGGUGUAUUUACAAAUGUGUAUAGUAUUUAUUUGCUGAUCACCUGUAUGCAUUUUAUUUUGCCUGUUGAUUUCUCGGACUAAUAAAGCCAAAAAUGUUACUUUCCAGAUGAAGAGAUUUUAAAUAAUUUAGGCAAUGUUGAAUUGAAACCCUAGAAGCUGUGUCAGCUAACCAUAUGCAAUAUUUAUGUCCUGCCAGGGUACAUUAUUUACAUUUAAUUUCUGCGUAUAAAAUGCCUUUCAUGUACUGACUGAUUCCAAGGUUGUUACUGGGUUUAAUUAUUAAUUCAGGUAUACAAGCUGAUUCUUUCUUGUAUGUAAUUUUCAGAUUUGUAAUAAAGCAUUAGAACUGCA